AUGGGCGAUCAUGAAGAUGAAAUUAGGCUCAAGCCAACCGAGGAUGGCUCAUUCAUCCGCCCUACGAGUAGCUUUCGGCACUUCAUCUCUAAUGAACCAGGCUCUCAGUUUCCACCUGAGAAGAAUCGAUACGUUCUCUAUCUCAGCCCAGGUUGUCCAUGGUCCCACCGUGCCAUGAUCGUUAGGAGUCUCAAAGGACUCGACGACAUGAUCGAUUUGUACAUGUGCUCGCUCCACAUGGGCAAAGAAGGAUGGAUGUUUGAAGAUAACCCGGAAGCAGCUAAAUACGGAUCCCUUCCCAAGGAUCCUCUCUAUGGUUUUGAUACACUAAAACAGCUGUAUCUCAAGGCAAACCCAAAUUAUCAGGGAAGAUAUACCGUGCCAGUUUUGUGGGAUGCAAAGACUCAUACCAUGGUGAGCAACGAGUCUAGCGAUAUUGUUCGUAUGCUCUCCACCGAAUUUGAUCACAUCCUUCCCGAGGAGCGUCGCGAAAUCAACAGGCCUGGAGGUGGUCUGUACCCAGAACAUCUGCGACAAGAAAUCGAUGAGCUGAAUGAGUGGGUUUACGAGACUGUCAACAACGGUGUCUACAAGACGGGCUUCGCAAUGUCACAAGCCGCCUACGAAGAAAACGUCGACAAAGUUUUCAAAUCGCUCGAUCGUCUGGAAAGAGUCCUCGACAAGGGCCCAUUCCUGCUGGGCGAACAUAUCACUGAAGCAGACCUUUGUCUAUACCCGACUAUUAUUCGCUUUGAUGUCGCUUACGUUCCGAUCUUCAUGUGCAACUUGGGUACCAUCCGGGACCAUUAUCCCAACCUACACUUGUGGAUGAGAAGGCUUUACUGGGAUGACAGUGUCAGAACUUACGGGACGUUCAAAAGCACGACUUCUACUUGGAUAGAUCAGUACAAGAUUCUGUAUUCAAAAGCGAGGCGUCGGGUCCUGGGGUUGAAUGAUCUUGACAUUAUUCCCAAGGGGCCUUUGGUUUCCAUCCAUGAGUUGAAAGAUGGGGAGGCGUUGGAGGGUUAG